AUGGCUUCUUCCGACGAAUCGAGAUCGAGCACGCCAUCAGACGAGGAGACCGUAGACACCGACUACGAGAAUUUGUGUCCCAAAUCUAGAUUGACUGCAGUUCACAGACUCCUGUCUUCUAGGGAAGAUUCUUUGGAACUCGAGGAACGCAUUCAAAGUGCACUUUUGUGCACAAAGUGUUCUCGAAUGGACAGUCUGUCGGAAACUGAAAAAUUACAAGCAGGAAUAACUGUUAUGGUGAGAGGUCAGGGACGUAAUGAGGUCUUCGAGGAACUCAACAAAGCGAAAAAAAACAUUGAAUCCCACCAGAAAAUUGACGAAGAAAUUAAUGACGUUAUAGGAAAACCAAAAAAUCAAAAACCAGACGAAGUCCAAUCUUCUUCGGUUUCAUGGAUAACUAAACGGACUGACAACUCUAAAUUCUGUUAUCGAUGCAUACCACUCUGCCUCGAUGAUCAAAAAAAAGAAAAUGAUGUCAAAAAGGCAAUGGUUCUGGACUUAGAUCGGUAUCUCAAUUGUUUUCUCUACCUAAGAUUUAUACCUUCGGAAGAUUUCGAUGCACAACAAAUGUUCGACAGUGCAUUUGAAUGCCAAAACUGCCCGAACAUUGGAACAACAAGUCAAUAUGUACAAAAGUGUGCAAAAUUAGUCGUCCUGAUGAGGCAACAAGGACGUGUUGCUGCCCUUGGGAUAGUAGAGGAGGUCAACAAUUUGGCUAAGAGGCAGAGACAAACCGCUGCCUCCAGGAGUGCUGGAUCCUCUAAUAAGCGUCAUUGGAAGAACUAUUUGAAUUUCAACAAACGAUCCCAAACACCAAAAAAAGGACCAAUACACUCGGCGGGUUCUCGAAGCGAUGAAGUUACUGGCCUCGGCAUGGGAGAGCAUCUGCCGCUGCAGGGAUCCCUGGGAAUUCAAUGCGCUUCGUCUGUUGCAGAGUUUCAAAAAAAGAGUUUAGAAAAAAACCAAUCAUCCUCUUCUGAUCCCAACGGCACGACGAUUGCAACCAGUACAAAUUAUGAUUAUCCUCAUUGUUAUUUUCUUUUGGGAUCACAGGAAAACCAACAAAGUGGUGGUGAAACUUUAUCAGCAAUCUCGAAAAAUGCUCCUGCUCCCGUCUAUCCAAAGACAGGUUCAAUUCAGCGUCUAGCCGGGUUCAACAUCGAUGCGCUAUUAAGUCCUUCCACAGAUGGAGGUAAUAAAACUAACAAAGAGUCGGAUUCAGUUCCAACUUCUUCAACAGCAGACACAAAUAAAAAGAAAAUGACUGGAGGAAAAGAAGUAGAUGAUGGAAAUAAAACAACAGAGAAUGAGCAGAAACCUCAAAAUGCACGAGUUUCUGCCAAUCCGGCUCUCAAGCAAAUUCAAGAGGUUGUCACAGAGGAGACAUCAGAGUCAGCUGGAAAGGCAGAUGUCAGAUUUUCUCCACGUCCACUUCCUCAGACUACACUAGAGCAUUCAAGAAACAAUGAGGAGGAAAGUACAAUUGAUGACAGAGAACCAUCAAUUACUCCUCAACCGUACUCAAACAAACAAAAAGCACAAUGCUCGGAAGCUUCUCCAAGCCAUAAACGCGUCGACGGGGAAGAACAUCUUCUAUUGCAGAAGCCAGUGGAAAUCCAGCCUUCUUUAUCUUUGCUUACUGUGCCGACUACAGAGAUAGAGCAAGAAAAAGAACAGCUUGAAGGAAACGAACAUGUCGCAGAAAAAGGAACAACCCUGACGAGACAGGAAUCUUCCACAGAUGGAGAUAAUAUCAUUGACAAAGAGCCGAUUCCAGUCGAAACUUCUUCAACAGCAGUCACAAAUGAAAAAGAGACAACUGCAUCUGCAGAACAACCCGUAGAUGAUGGACAUCGAAAGAAAGGGGAUGAGGAGAGUUCCCAAAGUGCAACAGUUCCUGUCAAUCCGGCUCUUGAGAAAAUUCAAGAGGAUGUCACAGAAGAGACAACAGAAUCAGCUGAAAUGAUAGAUGACAGAUUUUCUCUACGUCUAAUCAGACAAACAUCAGAGGAUUUGAGAAACAAUGGCAAGGAAAUUCCAAUGGAUGAAGGAGAACUAUCAAAUACUCUUCAACCGCAAGCAAACGAGCAAGAACCACAACGCUCGGAGUGCUCUCCCAACCAAAAAGUGGAUCUUGCCGUCGACCGGGAAAAUCAUCUGUCAUUGCAGAAACCAAUGGAAAUCCAGCCUUCUUUGUCUUCGCUCACUGUGCCGACUACAGAGAUAGAGGAUGCAAAAGAACAGCUUGAAGGAAACGAACAUGUCGCAGAGGAAGAAUCACCCUCGACGAGCCAGGAAGCAACUUCUGGAGCUAAAAAAAGAAGGAAACGAAGACGUGGAGGCGCAGGAACUCAAAAACGCAGAAGAACUGCUUCUUCUAAGACAAAAGAAGCGAAAACUCCCUCAGUCGAAGAAGUAAAUUCUCAAAUUGAUGAUGAAGUUGAUUCACAGAAUUCUGCAUUUUCUUCGGUGCCUGCAGUACCCAGCAGCAGCAGCACGCGCAGGAGAUACGUAAGGCUUCCAGUUCAAACACCUCCAGAAAAAAGAAUUCAACUAAGAAGCAGAGAGCUCCUUGUCGGACAGUCUGCAGAAGUUCCAGGAAUAAAUUCAGAAGAAGGCCAAUCAACAUCUUCUGCUCCCAUCAUUUCAAUUUCUGACGUUCCUUCUACCUCAUCGUCUUUUGUGCCAGCCCAGGAAAUAUCUGCAGUUUCUGCUCCCGUCUAUCCAGAGACUCUUUCAACCGGCUCAAACAGGACUGUGAAAUAUAGUUUUUCCACAGAUGGAGAUGAUACCAUUCACGAAGAGUGGGAUCGAGUUGAAACAUCUUCCACAGCAGACGCAAAUAAAAAGAAAAUGACUGGAGGACAAAAAGUAGAUGAUGGAAAUAAAACGAAAGUGAAUGAGCAGAGUCCCCAAAAUGCACUAGUUCCUGUCAAUCAAGUUCAAGACAAAGAUAUUCUACAAACAGAAAAUGAAAAAACAAGACCAAACUCGACUGAGAAUGAGAUGAGUGCAGCUGCAGGAGAAGAUGAAGAUAAUGGAAUUGAUAUGGAAGUGGAUCAGCAAAAUGAACAGAAUGACACAGAAGAGACACCAGAAUUAGCUUUGAAUACAGAUGACAGAUCUUUUCCACUUCAGGCUACACCAGAGGAUUUGAGAAACAAUGCCACCACUUCGUCACCUCCAGGAAUCAACUUCCCCCUGAAUCCUGAAUCUGAUUCAAAACCGGAAGGAAAAGUUGAAGAACAGUAUGAUAUGGAUUACGAAGAACCAUCAACAUCUAAUCAAAGGCCCACUACCUCAGACCAGGGCAUUGAGGAAGAGGAGCAAGAGGAGCACGUCGGGAUCAGUGUCAAAACCAGGAAGCCACAAAAAGAGAACAAAAAGAAAGGGCCACGAAAACAGAAAAAAGCGAUAAAGGAGACAGAGGAGGAAAGAAAGAAGAGAGAGCUCCGCGAGCACUCAUGGAACUGGUUAAUCACCCAUAAACUGAUAACCAUUCAUGCGGAAGAGACAGAGAAAGACAAGAAAAAAGAAGAGAAAGACCGAGUGCCGCCGAUCAAAAGGAACGUAGUAGCGAAUGAAGGUGUCGAUUGCCACUACAUGAGACGUGUUUUCGAUCUGGAAACACAGUUCCCAGAUCAAGAUGACUAUCGUCAUUGUACAGAAUAUUUGAAGAAGCUCUGCACGGAAGUGGUUUCAUGUGAGGAGAAACCCCGGAAUACAAAAGUUGCACCUUCUGUCCCACUUCCUCCGCCUCCAAGAAUCUCUUUGACGGGUCCGAUGUAUCAUUCUCACAACAUUACAUCGGCUCAUGUAUUGAAGGAAGCAGCUAACUGGACUCAAAGCCAGAUAAACACUGUGUACCAAAAAUCAAAGGAGCUGAAACGUCCGGAUCCAGACAAAAAAUUGUUCGAAGAAGAAGCAGUUUUUUAUAGUGAUGGUUCACCAAACACUGAGGAGAAGGACAAAUGCCGCCGAGCCUGCCCUGUUCUUGAAGUCGAAAACAAAGAACAAGUGCUGUCUCCGGAGUUUGAAAAAACUGCGACAAAAGCUCCGGUCACAGUUAUAAGUGGAGUUUUCAAGGUUCUCGAUAUCGAUACAAAUCUUUUUUCGCGUGAGGAAAUAGCCAAAGUCGUGCCAGAGGAAGAGAUCAAAGUCCUCUACCAAGUUCCACAGGCUGCGGACCAGAAUAAAAGCUAUAAAGGAGAGGAUACAUGGACAGUCCCUAUUGUUGAUGAUGAAGAAGUACUGAUGAAAGAUUUCGAAAGUGGCAUGAAAGCAGAUUAUAAACACGCCAAAGAGAUUUAUGACGCAGUUUUGGACAGUGAGAAUACAGAAGAGGCAGAGAGAAAGCUGAAAGAAUUCGCAGCCACAAUGCCAAAAAUCCAUCUCCCUCCAAAAAAUGGUUAUUAUAACAAACAGAAGCUGGAUCGAACUCUUCCGUGGAUUCGUUUCGGAUCAAAUAUCGAUUUGCUCCAGGAGCACUACUCUGCUCAAUUUGAGUCGCUGAAAAAGCUCCCAGAGUUCUUAAGACCCACCGGCAGAAACAAUAUGCUCAAUUUGCUUGCUGUGAAGGUCUUAGGAGUGAACACUGUACAGUUGUACGUGAAGAGCUGCGGAUGCCGUACUGCCGCCCACAUGGAGAACUCCCUGAUGGCAAGUAUCAAUUGGAACAGAGGACCCGGAAGCUGCGUAUGGUACGCCAUCCCGUACGAGUAUUGGGGCGAAAUCGAGCGACUUACAAAGGAGAACAAAGUCGACUACCACGAUCUGGACUACUGGCCGGGAGAGGACAAACUUGUGGAGAAAAACAUCCCCUUCUACAAGUUUGAGCAAAAGGCAGAUGAGCUAGUGUAUCUGAACACCGGAUGCUUCCAUUUCGUUCAAUCAAAUGGAUAUUGUGAAAAUGUCUCCUGGAACGUCGGGCAGCCAACAUUCACCCAACUCGCAACUUCGAUGGUGGCGUUUGACCACUACAUGGAGUCAAACAAGUACAACCAAGUUCCUGUGAUUCAGAUGGUGUGGCUUGCUGCCAAGAAUAAGAAGUUUGUGAACGAUCCUGAAAUGUACCGGUUGAUGAGGAACAUUAUGAUCAGGAGCUUAGCCCAUACGAAAUGGUAUCAGGACUACCUCGAAUCUAACAAUUAUCGCCUCAAACUUCGUUGGUCUGAUGAUUAUAAUCCACGAUGCGAAGUCUGCGGAACCGAAGUAUUUAAUAUCUGUCGGUACACGGUAUCAAUUGUCAACGGAAAAGAAGUGACCAAUGACUUUUGCAGCCAGUGCGAUCUUCCAGAAAAAUACAAAAGUAAGAAGAUCAAGUUUGUACACAUGUUCUCUGAGAAAGAUCUGUGUGACAUCUUUGAUGCAUUCGUACCGGACUGCAAGGUUCCAGAAAGUUCAAGUGAGAAUGGGCCAACUCCAGGACCUUCCUCUUCACUUCCAUCCCAACCGCAAACUCCUGGACCUUCCACAGCCCCCUACGUGGAAGACAAGGAUGCAACUCCAAAUUCUCCUUCUUCGUCUCAAUCCCAGCAAACUGCAGGACCUUCCUCAAUCUGA